GUGUUCCACAAUCUUCCUUUCUCUUUCCUGUAGAGAAUGAGAUUCAAAAUCCGCUCUCUCCCUUGCCUUCAAUUUUCCUGGGUUUAGUUUAGCCUCUAAGCUCUACUGUCUCCUUGUUUUCCCCUCCACUGCCACUCUCCUGCUCUUUGCAUUUCACCUACUCUCUGUUUCUCUUUACCCAAAAAGCCAAAAAAAAAGUGAAGCCUUUUCACAUCUAUUCUCUCAUAGAAAUCAUUCUUCUCUUCCUCUGUGUUUUCACCAUUUGAUUUGCCUCUCUCUACUUUUGUUACCUUGUUUUUUUGUUCAUAUUUAUUUCUAAAAACUUCAAAAGCAAAAAAAGAAACAAAAAAAAAAGGGAGAAAUCGAAGAUGGCCGAGGCCUGUUGUGUUCCUGUUGUUCAAAAUGUUCUUGUAACUGUUGUUGGGAACUGGAUCGAUCGGGGUUUGGAGCGAAAUCCGAUCAUUCUUGUCUUCAAGAUGAAGUCGAAUGUUGAUAAACUGAAGGAACAAGUUGCUGAGCUCCGGGAAGACAUAGACCACGUGGAGCGAGAAACUCAAGCUGUUGAAAGAAGAGGGGAACAUACUGUACCGAAGCUCAAGACUUGGCUGAAUGAAGCAGGCAAGUUCAUUGAAGCGGCAAACACAAUAGAGGAUGAUGAAGAAAAAGCAAAGAAGAAGUGUUUCUUUGGGAUGUGUCUUAAUCCCCUGUCUCGUUACAGACUCAGCAAGAAGGCGGUAGAGGAUUCCCAGAAGAUUGCUAGGCAUGUGCAAAAAGUUCCUGGAUCCAACCUUCAAACUUCCUACCCUCCUAUUCCACAACGGGUAGUGGCUGCACCUGUCAAGGGUUUUCAGGAGUUUGAGUCAAGAAUGGAUGUAUUGAAUGAGAUCAUGAAGGCAUUAGAGAGUCCAAACAUCAACAUAAUAGGAGUGCAUGGGAUGCCAGGUGUAGGGAAGACGACGCUGCUCAAAGAAGUUAAAAGAAAAGCCGAGCAAGAUAAAUUGUUUGAUCCAGUAGUUAUGGUUUCUGUAACAAAGAAAGAUCCAGACUACAGAAAAAUUCAAGAGGACAUAGCAUAUGACUUGGGUCUAGAGCUUCCAGUUGGGAUUGGACAUCGGAGUGUUGCCGACCGGCUUAGAGCAAAAUUUUUGACAAAGAGGAAGGUUCUCGUGAUUUUGGAUGAUAUUUGGGACAAACUAGAUUUGGAGGCACUUGGUAUUCCCUUUCAAGACCAGCAGAAAAUGAAUGUUGAAACUGGCUCAUCAUCCACAGAAGAUCAACAAAUGAAAUGCAAGAUCUUAUUGUCUUCUAGAGAGCUUAAUGUCCUGAAAACUGAAAUGUGUACUCAAAAGGAGAUUGUAAUUAAUCAAUUGGAAGAUCAACAAGCGUGGCAAAUGUUCAAGAAGAUAGUUGGUGAUAGGGCUGAAAGUAACGACUUUCAGUCUACAGGCUUUGAGAUUGCCAGAAAAUGUACAGGGUUGCCCCUUGCUAUUGCACCACUUGCAGAAGCUUUGAAAAAUAAGAGUUUGCCUGAAUGGAGGAGUGCUUUACAAAGACUGAAUAAUCCCUCUCCAAGCAACUUCAACGGCAUACAUGCAAAAGUUUAUACUGCUAUCGAGGUGAGUUACAAUCACUUGGGAAGUAAGGAGCUCAAGCAAACUUUCUUACUUUCUAGUUUGAUGGAUCGCAAUGCUUCACUUCAAGACUUGUUGAAGUAUGGUGUAGGCUUAGGCUUAUUCUCACAAUCUAACACCAUAGGGGAAGCGCGGAAUGAAGUAAUAACAUUGAUAGGUGAUCUGAAAGCUUCUUCUUUGUUGAUUGAUGGUUCUGACACAGGGCGUUUUGAUGUUCAUGAUGUUAUUCGUGGCGUAGCUCAAUCAAUAGCGCGCUGGGAGGGCUACGGAUUGUUCUUAACAAAUGACGACUUACCAAAGAUGUGUUCAGAUGAGAAGGCAUUGAGUGAUUUCAAAUGCAUAUGUCUACAAUGUACUAAUAUGAAUGAGCUUCCAAAUGAGUUAGAAAGUCCUGAGCUUACUCUCUUUUAUUUGUGUAACGAAUAUCCUCCUCUGGAAAUUCCAGCAAACUUCUUCAAGGGAAUGCAAAGACUCAGGGUAUUGGACUUGACUCGUAUGCAAAUAACACUUAUUCUUAUCCUCUAUGCUAGAGGUCUGGUGAAGCUUGGACACCUCAAAAUAAAUCAAUGCAAGAAUAUGAGAGAGAUUAUUGUGACAGAGAAUGUGAAAGAAAAGGAGAUUUCUUUCCCCGAGUUGGACUUCUUGCACAUAGAAAACCUUCAAAACCUUGUUGGAAUCUACUCGGGAAAUUGCAUCAUGGCAUUCCCAUCCUUGAAGCAAUUGACCAUAGAAAACUGUCCAAAAUUGAAGGAGUUCACAGUUAAAUCUAUGAGUACAGAUAUAGGCACUGACAUAAAGCCUCUCUUCAAUGAACAGAUUAAGUUUACAAGGUUGGAGUUCUUAAGUAUGUCGCUUAACAUUCAACAAAUUUGGCACAACCGGGUUCCAGAAAUGCCUUCUUUUGUUCAAAAACUAAAAGAAUUGACUGUGGAUGGCUGUGACAAUUUGAGAUAUCUAUUGACACGCUCUACUGUUAAAAGUUUUGAGCAUCUUGAAUCACUGACAAUUCAAAACUGCAAGAUGAUAGAAGGGGUAAUAGUGGCAGAAGGAUUAGCAGAAGAAGAAAGGAGGAACAACAUAUUGUUCCCUAAUUUGCAAGCCCUGGUACUUGAAGGCCUUUCCAAACUCACAAGAUUCUGUCCUGAAAAUUGCAUUGAAUUCCCCAACCUUACAGGACUUCAAAUAGGCAAAUGCCCUGUGUUGAAGACAUUCACCUCUAGUCCUGUUAUUGGAGACAUUGCUGUCAGUAGUAAGAAAGCAGAAAACACCUAUGCGCCACCUUUCUUCAAUGAAAAGGUAGCAUUCCCUCAAAUAGAGGACCUAACGAUCUAUUGGAUGGAGAGUUUGAACAAGAUAUGGGCUGAUCAACUUGAUGGAGAUUCCUUUUGCAAACUAAAAACCAUUUUUAUAUUUCGCUGUGGAAUGCUGGUGAGCAUUCUCCCAUUUAGUAUGCUGAAAAGACUUCAGAGACUAGAAACAGUGCUUAUUCUCAUGUGUGAUUCACUAGAAGAAAUAGUUGAAGCACCCAGUGCUAACCAGUCACAAGCUCUGGUAGACACUCAGCCGACGUUGGUGGAAACUGACACCGAGUUCGUAUUUUCGAAAUUGACAGUACUGGUCCUUGGCAGGCUACCCAAAGCUCAAGGGUUUCUGCCAUCGAAUGCAUAUGAAAUGCCCAUCUCUGAAAUUAUUGCAAGUUUCUGAAUGCGAGCAAGUGCAGGUAUUUGCUUCGGAAUUUCCAAGCUUCCAAAGAAUCAAUGGAGAUGAUCAACUUGAAAUUCAAAAUCAAUGUCCUCCUUUCUCGGUCAGCAAGGUACUGUCUGGAAAAACACUGCAUGUUGGGAUGCAUUAUUAGAUUUCAAGUUCCAGUAAAACUUUCUCUUGAAGUCUACCUUUUUCGGUCAUUAGACGCUGCACUGGUUCUAAAAUGCAUUAAUAGAUUAAAAAAAUACUG